AUGCUUGUUCUUUUUCAGAUGAUAGACGUCUUCUUCUUCCUCUUCCUCUUUGCUGUGUGGAUGGUGGCCUUUGGAGUGGCCAGGCAAGGCGUCCUGAGGAAGAACGAGCACCGCUGGGAGUGGAUCUUCCGAUCGGUCAUCUACGAGCCCUACCUGGCCAUGUUUGGCCAGUACCCUGAUGAUGUGGAUGGUACCACCUACAACUUUGACCGCUGCACCUUUUCUGGGAACGAGUCCAAACCCCUGUGUGUGGAGCUGGAUGCCAACAACCAGCCCUGCUUUCCUGAGGGGAUCACCAUUCCCCUUGUCUGCAUUUCCAUGCUCUCAACCAACAUCCUCCUCAUGAACCUGCUCAUGGCCACGUUUGGUUACACGGUUGGAUCAGUGCAAGAGAACAACGACCAGGUGUGGAAGUUCCAGCGUUACUUCCUGGUGCAGGAAUACUGCAGUCACCUGACCAUCCCCUUCCCUUUCGUCAUCUUUGCCUACGUGUUCAUGGUCAUGAGGAAGUGUUUCAAGUGCUGCUGUCAGAAGGAAAGCAAAGAGCCAUCCAUUUGUG